UCAUAUUUCCAAUUAGCGGUGAUUACCUGCAGGUGCUGCACGCUUCCUGAAUCGCUGUCAGACUGUCGGUAUUUUAACUACCUGUAAACAUUCCGGAGAACUGAGCUCACUGGCUUCAUGCUGUAUAUUAACGUAUUUAUGCUUACACUUCUUCGGUAAAAUGUCGGAACAAACUCCGUUAUUACAUUACCGGCUGACGACCAGCACCGGCCCGAAGCCCAGAGGUGGGUCCGAACGGACGGGGCUGCAGUCGGGUCUCGGUCGACAGAACUCGACCCGGAAGCUCGGAGUGAUGUUUGGAGUGGUCAUCCCAACCUUACUGUCCAUGUUCAGCGUCGUGGUGUUCCUGCGAGUUGGAUUCGUUGUGGGUCAGGCGGGCCUGUACCACUCCAUCGCCAUGCUUCUGGUUGCCUAUUUCAUCAUCACAAUGACCGUCUUUUCAAUCUGUGCCAUCUCCACUAAUGGGGCUUUAGAUGCUGGCGGUGCUUACUACAUGAUCAGCCGAGCCCUGGGUCCAGAGUUCGGUGGCAGCAUCGGGAUCAUGUUUUUUCUGGCCAACGUGUGUGGCUGUGCUCUUUAUAUUUUAGGUUUGGUCGAAGCCAUCCUGUCUACSUUUGGAGAGCCAGAAGAGAGCGAUGCAGUCAGUGCAGCUUUUCAUCAGUCUCUGCCGUCUGGAUACUGGUGGUGUCUGCUGUACGGCACCGUCCUCCUCUUUUUGUGUUUCAUUGUCUGUCUGGUGGGCGCCCACAUUUAUGCCAAAGCCACGUUUGUUAUUUUCAUCAUCGUGGUGACGGUCCUGGUGUCCAUCUUCGUUAGUUUUUUUGUUGUGGAGCCAACGGCGGUGAUCCUGCCUGAAACUUCUCUAAUGAACAACACAAACACGCGGACUUCUAAUUAUACUGGUUUCUGGCUCGGCACGUUAAAGGGCAACCUGUUCUCUGAUUACACAGUGGACUACACCACCGGCGAUGUGAUGACUUUUGCCAGUGUGUUUGCCGUUUUGUUUAACGGCUGCACAGGAAUCAUGGCGGGCUCCAACAUGUCAGGUGAUCUGAAAAACCCCAGCUUUUCUAUCCCCAGAGGAACACUGACAGCUGUUUUUACAACUUUCAUCACUUAUGGUCUACUGAGUCUGCUGGCUGCUUGGACCUGUGACCGUUACCUUCUCCAAAGAGACUACAGUUUUCUGGGAGACAUCAACGUCUGGCCUCCUAUGGUGACCGUCGGUAUUUACUCCUCUGCCAUGUCUGCUGCAAUGAGCAACCUUAUAGGAGCCUCCAGGAUCCUGUACGCUCUGUCCAAAGAUAACUUGCUGGGCGGGGCCCUGGCUUUGGCGAAGAAAACGUCUCGAACCGAGAACCCCUGGGUCUCUGUGCUCAUCUCCUGGUUGCUUGUGCAGGUGGUGCUGUUUGCUGGUAAAUUGAACACCAUUGCUGGUAUUGUAACCAUUUUCUUCUUGUUGGUGUACGCUGCUUUAAAUCUGGCCUGUUUAGCUCUUGAAUGGGCUUCUGCUCCAAACUUCAGACCCACUUUCCGUUGCUUUACUUGGCACACGUGCACUCUGGGCUUCUUGGGCUGCCUGGUAAUGAUGUUCUUGAUUAGCUCCAUUCAUGCUUUUGCCAGCAUGGCCUUUAUGCUGCUGCUCUUCAUGCUCAUCCAUCACCUGGGUCCCAUCAGCAACUGGGGCUACAUCAGCCAAGCUCUGAUCUUCCAUCAGGUACGUAAGUACUUGCUGAUGUUGGACGUGCGUAAAGACCAUGUGAAGUUCUGGAGGCCGCAGGUGUUACUGAUGGUUAGAAACCCUCGCACCUGUACGGGUCUGAUGACUUUCAUCAAUGACCUGAAGAAGAGUGGCCUCUAUGUGCUGGGGCACAUAAAGCUGGGAUCCAUUGAUGGUUUGCUCUCUGAUCCGCUGCAGAGUCGUUACGACUCCUGGCUGUCUUUAGUGGAUCAUCUAAAGAUCAAAGCGUUUGUUAACCUAACUCUGGCCGACUCCGUCCGACAUGGAGUCCAGAAUCUGCUGUUCAUCUCAGGCUUCGGUGGAAUGAGGCCAAACACCCUCAUCUUGGGUUUUUAUGAUGAUUCUACACCUGAAGACAACCUCUGCAAUGAAACUCUUUCAUCUACAGUCUUUGGUUUGGACAAAGCCUGCCCAGCCUCGGAGCCUGGACAGCAGCCCUCCCCUUUCUUUCCUGCUGUCCGGGGGGCCGGCGACUCCAAAGACCUGCAGGAAGAGGAAUACGUGUCCAUAAUUGCUGAUGCUGUAAAACUGGGGAAGAACGUGGCUCUGGCUCGUUACUUCAACCAGUUCAAUCGAAACGAAAUUUUAGGGUUAAAAAAACCGCUUGGUGACCAAAGCAUCACAGAGUUAUUUGUGGAUGUGUGGCCUCUAAAUCUGCUCAAUCCAGACAGCCAUGGGUACGUCAACGUCUGCUCGUUGUUCCUGCUGCAGCUGGCCUGCGUGCUCCAUGAAACCCGGGCCUGGAACCAGGCCAAACUACGCCUCUUCCUGUGUGUGGAGGCGGGUGGCAGUCUGCAGAAAGAUGAGAUGAAGAAGGUCCAGAGGAUGCUGAAGGAGCUCAGGAUAACKGCUCAGGUGCACGUGGUGGUGUGGGACCAGGUGGUGGCGCUGCACUGGCAGAGACGAGGUGGGAGGGGCCAAGAAAGCCUGGGGCAGAAUUCACACGAUGAUGAUGAACAAAGGUUGAGACAAGAAGGUGAGGAGGAAGACGGUAUUCAGUCGUUCCCCCACAUUACAUCUCAUCUGACAGAUGAAUUUAUCAGCGCCGUCAACAGUCUGAUUUGCCGGCAUGGCUCACCUAAACCAGCUGUGCGCUUCCUGUAUUUGCCCCACCCACCAACAGACAUGAGCUGUUAUCGCACCUACCUUCAUCAGAUGGACCUGCUGAGCAAGGAUCUGGGUCCAACGUUGCUCGUUCAUGGAGUCACUCCUGUGAUCACAACAUUUUACUAAACAGAUCUCAAUUUAUCAAAAGCAAGAAUUAAAUGUUCCAAUGMCUUUUUGGAAGUAAAUUAUUUACUUUACAUUAAUGCCAGAACACUGAGAAAAUGCCUUGUUUUUAAAUUAGAGUUAAACCUAAAUUUGAAAUUCAUUAAGUUUUUGGAUGCACUUUUGGAAAGUUGGUGUUUUGGAUGAUUUUUGUCAAUUUAAACUAAUUGUGUUAAAAUGUUCCAUUUGUGAUUUUUAACAACAAAAUGCCUGAAGGGUUUCACUUAGAGGGUUUAUAAUGGGCUUGUGCCUUUUUUUUCUUUAGGUUUUGGUAAAAUACUGUUUACAUGGAAAGGUGUUAUGACAUAUUUUAUUUUUGUAAGUUUAUAGUAAAAUAUAUUGUAAUAAAGUCUUCAUUUUUUUAAAACUUC